GGGGGCGGGGGAGUGGAGUGGGAUGGGAUGGGUAUAAGAAGGAGGUGUGGAGCCUAAGGAAGAAGCCCUGACUAAGGAGCUGGGUACUAGGAGAAGCCAUCAUGGGCACCUCUGCUGAAGCCAGGAUGGGCAUGAGAGUGGCACUGACAGGCUUCACGGUCCUGAUGCUGCUCCAGACCUGCUCUGCGUACAAGCUGGUCUGCUACUUCACCAGCUGGUCCCAGUACCGGGAAGGCGAUGGAAGCUGCUUCCCAGACAGCAUCGAUCCUAUCCUGUGCACCCACAUCAUCUACAGCUUUGCCAACAUUAGCAACAACAAGAUUGGCACAUGGGAGUGGAAUGAUGUGUCACUCUAUGGCACGCUGAAUGCACUGAAGGCCAGAAACCACAACCUGAAGACCCUCCUGUCUGUUGGAGGAUGGAAAUUUGGUGCAGAAAGAUUUUCCAGGAUUGUCUCCAACACUAAGAGUCGCAAGACUUUCAUCGAGUCAGUAGCCCCGUUCCUGCGCACUUUUGGCUUUGAUGGGCUGGAUCUCGCCUGGCUCUACCCUGAACCAAGAGACAAGCCCUAUUUAUCCACCCUGAUCAAGGAACUGAAGGAGGAAUUCACAAAGGAAGUUCUCCAGCCAGGCACGGAGAAACUCCUGCUCAGCGCGGCUGUGUCAGCAGGAAAGGUGAAACUUGACAGUGGCUAUGACAUCGCCCAGAUAGCCCAACACCUGGAUUUUAUCAAUCUCAUGACCUACGAUUUCCAUGGAGACUGGCGGAAAACUGCAGGACAUCACAGCCCCCUUUUCCGAGGCACGGAGGAAGCUACGUCUGACAGAUUCAACAAUGUGCAAUAUGCCGUGGGGUACAUGCUGAAGCUGGGAGCCCCCGCCAGCAAGCUAGUGAUGGGCAUCCCCACCUUUGGGAAGACCUUCACCCUGGCAACUUCUGAGAAUCAGGUGGGAGCUCCAAUCUCAGGGAAAGGAUUACCAGGCCGGUUCACCAAGGAGGAAGGGACCCUUGCCUACUACGAGAUAUGCGACUUCCUCAAAGGAGCUGAAGUACGUAGAAUCGAUAGCCAGAAGGUUCCCUAUGCUACCAGGGGCAACCAGUGGGUGGGGUAUGACGACGUGGAGAGUGUCAAAAACAAGGUUAGGUACCUGAAGGAAGCGUCCCUGGCAGGAGCCAUGGUGUGGGCAUUGGAUUUGGAUGAUUUCCAGGGCCACUGUAAGCAGAACGGACGCUUCCCGCUCACCAACGCCAUCAAGAAUGCCCUGAAUGCGGCUUAGCUCCCCCUUUCCCACAUGGUACCUCCACCCUCUGGCCAGGAGUUUGAUCACUUGCAAUGAAUGCUAAGUCUCCCAACUGGGCCUCAGUUUUCCUCCUUUGGAACCUGUGUAGGGGUCCACCGCAGGCUCAGCUAGGGAAAAUAGGGUAGGACAGACGGUGGGGUUGUGAGAGUCACAGGGUGAGGCAGAUACACACUCGAAUGCAAAUUCCCAGACUCUUAAACUCCCUUUACCCAGUUCACCUGACCAAAGGACGCCAUUUUGGCAAGUUUUAGCUAACAUCAAGCAGGCACACAUCUUACAGGAUUCAGGAGCCACACUAAUUAUACCCUCUGCAAAGCCCAACUUGAAACCUUCCCUUAGGAACUUAAUCGUCUCUCUGCCCCACUUCCCUUUCCCUAAUUCCACAGCUGUUCAAUAAAGUGCCAGAGCUUAACAGUG